AUGAAGGAGGGGAAAAUGCCCAAGGUGAAGAAGAGGAAAAAGGAGCGUCUCCAGACUGUCGGCCCGCUGAGGGCCCCUCUGGACGGGCAGCGUCUCCAGACUGUCGGCCCGCUGAGGGCCCCUCUGGACGGGCAGCGUCUCCAGACUGUCGGCCCGCUGAGGGCCCCUCUGGACGGGCAGCGUCUCCAGACUGUCGGCCCGCUGAGGGCCCCUCUGGACGGGCAGCGUCUCCAGCGCUGCUCGCUGGCCGGGUCGCCCGCCCCCACCAAGGGAGAGUCGUCCAGCAGCCAAUCAAAAGAGCCGACGGCCAAGGCCUCAGACCCGCCCUCCAAUGAGAGCGCAGCUGAAGUGGACCCCUGUCAGGAAACGCCAGAGAAGUCCUCAGAGAAGGGAGAGAGUGAACCCGUAUCCAAGACCGACGAUAAGGAACACAAGCCAGCCGCUGCGGUCGAGGUGAAGAGCGAGGAGGUGGUGUCCGAGGGACGGCUGAACGGAGAGAAGGACCCCCCCGAGGAGACAGAGGAGAGGAAGGAGGACAGGAACGGCUUCAAGACCAGAUUCAUGUUCAACAUCGCCGACGGAGGCUUCACGGAACUCCACACUCUGUGGCAGACCGAGGAGCGAGCCGCCCUGUCCUCCGGAAAGAUCUACGACAUCUGGCACCGUCGCCAUGACUACUGGCUGCUGGCUGGCAUCGUCACACACGGCUACGCGCGCUGGCAGGACAUCCAGAACGACCCUCGCUACGCCAUCCUCAACGAGCCCUUCAAGACGGAGAUGCACAAGGGCAACUACCUGGAGAUGAAGAACAAGUUCCUGGCCCGGCGCUUCAAGCUCCUGGAGCAGGCCCUGGUGAUCGAGGAGCAGCUGCGGCGGGCGGCCUACCUCAACAUGAGCCAGGACCCGGGCCACCCGGCCGUGGCGCUCAACGCCCGCUUCAGCGAGGUGGAGUGUCUGGCCGAGGCCCACCAGCACCUCAGCAAGGAGUCGCUGGCCGGGAACAAGCCCGCCAACGCAGUGCUGCACAAAGUGCUGAACCAGCUGGAGGAGCUGCUGAGUGACAUGAAGGCGGACGUGACCCGGCUGCCCAACAUGCUGUCCCGGAUCCCCCCGGUGUCGGCCCGCCUGCAGAUGUCCGAGAGGAGCAUCCUGAGCCGGCUCACCAACCGGGGCGGCGAGGCGCCCCCCCCCCCGCCGCAGGCCUUCGCUCAGGGCGCGUUCGGCUGCUCCCAGAUGUACGGCGGUGGCUUCGGAGGCUUCAGGGGGCCGGGGGGCCAGUCCAUCGUCAACUACAGUCAGAUGCCCCUCGGGCCCUACUGUCCACCAACGGCCCCCCGCCCCCCCCCCGGCCACCUGGACAAGAAGACCCUGGACUCCCUGAGGGACGCGGCCACGCCCGACCUCAAGCAGCCCAAGACCAGCGACGUCAUCUGCAUCGAGGACUAG